CUCAGUACAAAUAUCGCGUUCUUAACUUUCAACAUCUUUUUUAAAUUCAUUAUUUUUAUAAUUUAUUCUUUUAAAUAAUAUAUUAAAUAAUAAUAGAUUAAAUAUACAGUAAAAAAAAAAAAACCAAAUGGAAGAUUAUCAAUUAAGUGUUACAGAAGAUAGUCCAAAUUAUAGAUAUGUUUAUAAUGUUUCAUGCAGACAAGAAAAUGUACCUCUGUCAGUGGAUUAUAUCAGCAGUAUGGGUGGUUUUGGAAGUAUUUUUUUGAGCCUUGGUACAAUUCUUACACUGUCAACAAUUGCACUAACUGUUGAAACAUGCUGGAAAAUAUUUCAACAACACGAAACGAAACAAUAUAAAAUUAACUGUUUGAUUAUUUUCACGAUUUAUCCAAUUGCCAGUUUUUGUAGCCUCGUUGCAUUGGCUAUUCCCAGAACUCAACUUUUGACCGAAGCAAUAACCCAAAUAUCUUUGACGAUGUCAAUGUAUCGAUUAUAUCUUGUGGUGUUAGAUAUUGGAAAGAGAGGAAUAACAAGUACACCACAAAUGUUGCUAAAAGUUGGACCAUGUUGCUGUUGGCCAUGUUUACCCUUUCCCAGUCACGAUCUCAAUGACACUAAUUUGUCGCGGCUGCACAUAAUCGUUUUGCAAUUUCCAAUAGUACAGGGAAUUUUAUAUACUAUUUUUAUGAUAAUGCAAGUGGAAAAUCCAGUUUUCUACACAAGAUACAAUAUUUACUUUCAACCAUUGUGUGUUACGAGUAUUCUUUUGGCACUUUAUGGUGUGACGAUUUUAACAAUGAGCCUCAAGGAUACAAAUCCAGAUGCUAAGCUACGAUUGAAGGCACUUGUUGUACAACUUGUACUUUUUUUCUCAAAAUUACAAGGUUCAAUUAUAAAAGCCUUACCUUUAACUGGACUUUUUCCUUGUAAUCCUCCAAUAACACCACAAAUUUAUGCAAAUUUUACAUUCAACUCGCUGAUGUUAAUCGAGAUGUUGCUGCUAUGCUACGCAGCAAGAUACACGUACAAAGAAUCAACAAGUAAAAAGUCAAAUGAACUUGAUAUGAAUAAGCCUGAGUUUAAGCACAGAAAUGAUGAAAGUAUUAAUAACAAUACAAUCAACAAUAACAGGCACGUGCAAACGUGACUACCUAAAAUUUUAAAAUAAAUAAUAAAAUAACAGUGACAAAAAUAAAAAAUUUAUAUUGUCGUGUUUGUGAGAGGGUUUAUUAAAAAGAGAAAAAAAUAUAAAAAACAAAAAUUGUCAUUCAAGGCGAGUGUCGAAAGGAGUAGAGGUAAAUGAUGGGUCAGAUAGAUGGCUCAGAGACAAGGAACAUCAUCAAACACUGAAUUUGGAAAUUCUUUGGACCCCUGUCAUUGUGUAUUAAAAAAAUAUAUGCAUCUACGGUCGCAUGACAAAUUAGGAUGCUUAUUUUUAAAAUAAAAAAAAAUAAAUUUUAAAAUAUGCAACAAGACGAUGAUGAUACGCGUGGGACAUGAUAAUUUUUUUAUAAUAAUUUUUAUUAUUUAAUUUAUUCUUACUUUUAUUUGUAUACUUGGAAAUUAUUAUUUUUUUAUAAAUAUUUAUAGAAAUUAUUAUUACAUAUUUUAUGAUUUUAUUUAACAAGUAAAAAUUACGUCUAGAAAGUUAGCACACCACAAUGGGCACAAACUAUAAUAUUGUUAGAAUUAAAAUUUUAUGCUUUUUUUGUGCUAU